ACAAAGUUGAUCAAGUAGACCGUAAGCUUGCGGCACCUCGAUCGCACAUUUUGGGACUACGGGCUUGCAGAAGCACGUGGUGAAGAUGCAGAGGAGAAAGCCAGCCUACCAAAUAAUCGACGGAGUGCCGAGGUGCAUCGCACUGACUCCCGACAGGCUAAGAGGGAGUCUCCAUUUCAGAGCGAAGGAGGGCGACCUUGUGCAGUCGACGUUUCCGAAGAGUGGGACGCAUUGGCUAUUGUACAUCACGCAGUUGAUUCUCAGGAACGGACAACCGAUGACGACGUACCAAGAUUUCGCCAAAGAAUGGCGCUUUCUCGAGUACAUGGACAUCAAGAACUUCAGCUCGUCUCUACCUCUGAGAACAUUCGUUACACACUUGGCGCUGGACAAGCGUACGAUGACGGAAGAAGGCAAGUACAUCUACUUAACCCGCAAUCCAUGGGACAUCUGCGUCUCGUUCUACCACAUGAUGACCAACAUGAGCCUCUUCGGAUUCCAAGAUGGAAAGUUCGAAGAUUUCGUCGAUGCUUUCAUAGGCGGCCACUUGGGCUACGGCGACUACUUCGAACACGUAGCAGCGGGCUACGCACUGAGAAAGCAGCCGAAUGUGCUCUUCGUGGCUUACGAAGAACUCAAGAAGAACACCCGCGAGGAAGUGCUAAGGGUGGCGUACUUCCUCGGUGAGCAGUAUGGUCGUUCUCUGGAGCAGGACGGUGCGUUACUUCAGAGCCUGCUGGAGAGAUCGCAGAUCAAUUACAUGCGCAACGUGGUGGUUCUUGACUUGACCGGUAAAGAUAACCCGCAGUGGAACGAGGUGCUUUCGCGCGCCAAGGUCACCUGCAUCGAAGGCCAUGAAGGGGACGAGAACAAGUACGCGUACGUGAGGACUGGCAAGGUUGGAGGCUGGAGGGAUCACUUCACGCCCGAUCUGCUCCGGAAGAUGGAGAGUCGGAUUCUGGAAGCCGAGAAGCAGUCAACCUUCAUGGACCUCUGGAAGGACCUCAGGGCUGAAACGCUCACACGCAUGCGAGAUGCCGAAUAAAAAGCCCUGUACUUUUACGCUUGCAAAAGAAUU